AACGCUUCUCUGGACCAUGCGCUUUGGAUCGACGCGAGGGUGGGUAGGGGUAUGACUUGGCCGUCGAGCGAGAUCGCGAGGAUUGGUAAGAGCCGACACUCGUCAAAGACGCUCGGUGACACGCGUGGAAGGCAGACCGGGGGAUAGCAGAAGGACUGUUGCGAGAAUGCCGCGGGGCCGGCUCAAGCUUGCUACCAGGGGCUACAAAGGGUCCGACGAAAAACUGCAGCAGUGGCAAUAGCGUCAUUAUUGAAGAUCGAGGUACAACGGUAUCGAAGGUAUCAUCAAGUGAAGAAUAACCUGGGAAAGAUGGCCGGUGCAGUGUGGAGUGGUUGGCUUCAGCGCUGUCGAGAGUCUCGGCAGCUCGUCCUCGUGAUUGUUGCUAUUGCCCUACUUCUAGACAAUAUGUUACUUACAACAGUGGUGCCGAUUAUCCCGGGAUUUUUAUUUGAUAUAAACCAUCCGAAUGGAACGGAAAAGCCAGACAUCUCGAUCGGAUUAACGACUGAAUCAGCGAUUCCAUCUUCAUCUAGUACAGCAACUCUUUCAAGUAAAUGCAUAUGCCCUUCAAAUGAUUUAUCCAGCAAGGAUCUCCAGUUUCUUCUUAAUAAUUCUAAUGCUGCUGGGCCUACUUCGCUGGGUCCGACAUCAUCAGCCCUCAACCUCUCUUCUGUUCUCGACCCCAAAAAACAACUUCGUCACAAGGAACUUCUGGAGGAAACUGUAGCCGUUGGUAUGAUGUUUGCAUCCAAAGCUUUUGUUCAAUUGUUGACAAAUCCCAUUGUUGGUCCUCUCACACACAAAAUUGGUUACAGCAUUCCAAUGUUCACCGGCUUCAUCAUAAUGUUCCUUUCGACUCUUAUAUUUGCCUUCGGUCGCAGCUAUAGUAUUUUAUUUUUGGCGAGGGCUCUUCAAGGAAUCGGUUCUUCCUGCUCAAGUGUUUCUGGAAUGGGAAUGUUAGCUGAGAGAUAUCAAGACGACAAAGAACGCGGUAAUGCCAUGGGAAUAGCCCUUGGUGGUCUAGCCCUAGGUGUCCUAAUAGGGCCACCCUUUGGAGGCGUUAUGUACGAAUUUGUUGGUAAAUCGGCGCCUUUCCUAGUAUUAUCUGCCUUAGCUCUUGGUGAUGGAUUACUACAACUUUUGAUGCUCCAACCUUCGGUUGUCUAUACGGAAUCUCCGCCGCCAUCUUUAAAAUCUCUCGCCUCAGAUCCUUACAUAAUUAUCGCUGCUGGCGCUAUAACAUUUGCAAACAUGGGCAUAGCAAUGUUAGAACCGAGCUUACCAAUCUGGAUGAUGGAUACAAUGAAUGCGAAACGGUGGGAACAGGGUGCUACAUUUUUACCUGCUAGUAUCAGUUACUUAAUUGGAACUAAUCUUUUCGGCCCUCUAGGCCAUCGAAUGGGGAGGUGGCUAGCGUCAUUAAUUGGCCUAGUAGUCAUUGGUUUCUGCUUGAUGUGUAUACCUCUCGCGACACAUAUUGAUCACCUCAUAAUCCCCAACGCUGGUUUGGGCUUCGCCAUUGGCAUGGUUGACAGUUCAAUGAUGCCUGAGCUCGGUUAUCUAGUUGAUAUUCGACAUUCGGCUGUUUAUGGGAGUGUUUAUGCGAUUGGGGAUGCUGCAUUUUGCCUGGGUUUUGCCAUUGGACCUGCAUUAAGUGGUACAUUAGUCAACACAAUAGGAUUUGAAUGGAUGCUCUUUGGUAUCGCAAUCCUCUGUUUUUUGUACGCUCCACUUAUGUAUUUCCUCAAAGCACCUCCUACCAAAGAAGAGAAGAAGUCUCUCAUUAUUGGGGAAAAAUCAUCGGUGAGAUACGUGACUUAUUCCAACGAGGAGGACGAGCAAUAAGUGCAUUACAUUUUUUUUUAUCCUCCAACACUUUUUCUAUAGUAUUUUAUUUGAAUUUUUCUUCUUUCGAAAGUAUAAAGUCAUUGCUCGGUAAUUUUUUAAUCUUCGGGUCUAUCUAGGGAUUAUCUUAAGUACUUAAUUACUGAGUAAUGAAGAGUCUUUGGUGAAUAUUAAUUUAUAUACAGUGUUAAUUUUAUCUAAACGCUGGAAAAUAAUUAUUUUCAUAUAUUUGCUCGUCUCUUUUGCACUUUGAGAUAUUUUAUUCUACUUCUAAAAUAUGGUUUAAAAACUAUUUCGUCACUUUAAGAUUGUAAGUGUCCAAAAUACACAGUUUUGCGUUGAAAAUAUGCAUGAUGUAUGUUCGUGGGCUAUGUGUACCGUCAUAAACUAAAAGAAACCCCAAAUAAUCGAUAACCAGAGAUAAAAAUAUAUUUGGAUGAGUAUAGGAGUCAGUCUGGUAUAUUAGGAACAAGUGGGCUCAUAAUAAAUAGAAGGAACAAGAUCAAACUAACGUAUUCCAACGUAUAAACUAUAGCUGUUACUAUGAAUCUACAAGUAGUUAAUGAAUCGUUGAAUCCGCCACAAAAGUAACAAGUGAUAUAAGUGCAAACUAUCGUUAUCCGGGUGAUGGGAAAAUCCCAAAGAAACCGAUGGGCAAUGAACUGAAUCGCUGAAGAAUGUUAUUAUUUCUUGGAGACAUGGAA